AUGCCUGCAGCCUCCGCCGCGCUCCUCCUGUACCUUCUCUCCGUGGCGGCGGCGGCGGCGGCGGCCAUGGACCCCGCCGAGAGGGAGACGCUGCUGCUCGUCAUGGAGGCCGUCUCCUCCGACCGCGACUGGCGCUCCGUCGGCCCCGACCCGUGCGGCUCGCCGUGGCCUGGGCUCGAGUGCAAGCCCGUGCCCGGCGCCGGGAACGUGGUGUCGGCGGCGAAGCUGCACGUCACGCGGCUCGACUUCGGCGCGGCGCCGAACCCGGCGUGCAGGGACACCGCGGCGUUCCCGCACCUCGCGUUCGCGCUGCCGCACCUCCAGUCGCUGUUCUUCGUCGACUGCUUCAAGAACCCGGCGGCCACCACCCCGUUCACCCUGCCGCCCUCCGGCAACCUCUCCUCCUCCCGCCUGCAGCAGCUCAGCGUCCGGUCCAACCCGUCGCUGUCCGGCACGCUGCCGCCGCAGCUGGCCAGCAUCCGGUCGCUGCAGGUGCUCACCGUCUCCCAGAACGCGCUCAUCCGCGGCGAGGUCCCGCAGGGCAUCGGGGAGCUUAAGAACCUCGUGCACCUCGACCUCAGCUACAACUCGCUCACCGGCCCGAUCCCGAGCCGCAUCGGCGAGCUUCGGAGCUUGGUCGGCCUCGACCUCAGCUACAACUCCUUCUCGGGCUCCAUCCCGGGCCAGCUCGGUGACCUGGCCAUGCUGCAGAAGCUGGACUUGAGCUCCAAUAACCUCACCGGCGGCGUCCCGGCGACCAUCACCGGGUUGACAUCUCUCACCUUCUUAGCAUUGAGCAACAAUGGGCUAAGUGGCCGCCUGCCGGCCGGACUCUCCGACCUCCGCGACCUCCAGUACCUGAUCAUGGAGAACAACCCGAUGGGCGUCCCCUUGCCGUCGGAGCUGGGAGACAUUGCGCGGCUCCAGGAACUCCGGCUGGCGAACUCCGGCUACUCGGGCUCGAUCCCGGAGACGCUCGGCCGGCUCGCGAGCCUGACGACGCUGUCGCUGGAGAACAACAACCUCACCGGGAGGAUCCCCGCCGGGCUGAGCCGGCUCAAGCGGAUGUACCACCUCAACCUGAGCAAGAACGGGCUGGACGGGGUCGUGCCGUUCGACGGCGCGUUCCUCAGGCGGCUUGGCCGGAACCUCGACCUGAGCGGCAACCCGGGGCUGUGCGUCGACGACCGCGCCGUCGUGCAGGUCGACGUCGGCGUCGGCCUCUGCCGCCGGGGCGGCGCCGACGCCAGCUCGUCCGCCGCCGCCUCGCCUCGCGCACCGCUCACGCGAUACGCGCCGCACCGGCUCACCGGCGGCCGCUGGUCGGCGGCGCUGCUGAUCCGGCCGGUCGCCGUGGCGCUGUGCUGCUGCUGCUGCCUACUGCUCUGAGUUUGCACCGGUUGAUCUGUACGUAAAUUGUUCAUUUGUCCUCUGUUACUCGUGUAAACCCAGGCGAGAAUUCCGAGGUAAGCGAAAAGAGCAAUUAGCUGUACAAAUUCAUCGUGUUUGGUGUGAUUGGCACGUUUGGUUUUUAAAGGUUUUUCCCGUCGCUCGCUGGGUUGGGCCGCCGGAUUGGUGAUCGGUCAAAGCGAGCGUCAGGCCGUCAGGGAGGAGGGUGUAUGGGUGUGAUCUGUGGGUGGCCAAUCUGGCCGUAAAUCCGGCCGGGUGCCUGCAAUUUGCGAGCAGUUUUCAGGCGCUCUGAAAGCCUGCGUUCUGUCAUGCUUGCCACUGUAGUGACAAAUGAGGUUAUGUGCUUCGGUCAUCGGCUCAUCGCUCCCUGCCAGUGCGGAGAGAGGCUACAUAGAGAAAAAUUACUGUGCUAGUAUCUCUAAAAUCAGAACUAAG